AUGUCGCGCGCCUCCCCACCCAGCACUCAGGGGCAAUCCCCAGAUGCCAUCCAAGAUCGAUAUGCUCCAGAUCCUUACCUUUCAGCCGCGUCCGAUCCAGAGGAAAUCUUCUUUCAAGCCAGUGCCAUUCGACUAACGCCGCGGGGGAGUCCUGGGAACAGUGCGGGACCUGGUUCGUCCCCUCAUGAGGACGCUCGGAUCGACUCCACAAUCCAGGGCUAUUUGGACCCGAGAGCAAAUGAGUAUACCGACCCCAGCACUUGUACCUCCCCUAUUUCUGAUACAAGUGUCUUCGUGGAGCCAAAAUAUAUCGAACUGGGUAGUGGUUCGACCUGGCGGAAUGGAGACCUGCCAUCGUACAAUGUGCCCGUCAAUCCGGCAUGGGCUUCAUCCAUGGCACCCAAUGUCUUUCAGUGGACGAGCUCAGUUCACAAUUCGAAUACAAGUCCACCAUCCACGCUGGCAGGUCUAGAGCCUCAAGGCAAUUCUAGCACGCAGCAAUCAAUCCCCACCUCGUACCAGUCUAGGCUUGGUGUCUUUAGUGUAGGCACCGAGCCAUCUAGACUUGGUGUCUUGGCUAACGAGGAGUUGACCACCGAGCUGGCAUCGAGCGCAACCAGGGGAAGAAGCCCUGUCUUCAAGAUUACAACCUUCUCUCGAGGCGAUUCGCCCAAGGAACGCAGCACGUCGCCCCAAAGACGUCCCAGCUCCUUUGCACAUCUAUCUGCUAAUCCAAGCGAGCUGGAAGACGAGGAUGAUAGCGAUCAUCAGUCGGUCUCGUCUAUUCCCGUGAAGCGAUCUAAGGAUGGCGGAUGGAUUCCAAAUCCAUCGACCCAAUUAGCUGGCAUUGACCCAAGGUCUCGCGGAAACGAAUUCGUGCCAAGUCCUAAUGACGUCUAUGUCCAACGAGAAAGGAACGAGAAAAAUGAGGACAUUUCCUACUGGUCUGUCUCUGUGAGUGCAGCCAACAGUGAUGCUGACGGGGACUCGCCCAGUCCACCGCGUCCACGCCCACACCAUAUUUCCAGGAGACUUCGAGCGAGGAGUACUGGUGAUCACCCUUUGAAACAAGAAGAUUAUUUCAACUUAAAAUCUCGGACCGGAGAUGGAUCAUUCCCUGGGCCCGGAGUAUUGGUUCAUGAAAGCAGCGACAGUCUCAGCGAAGAUGAAGCAAGCAUUGGCACUUACUCUGACGAACCCUCAGCCAAUGUAGAUGAACCUGGCAGAUAUGAUCGCAGCACCCCCGAGGUCUACUCAUCUCUCUCGCCGACGAAAGCUGAUGAAAGUAUCCGUCUUUACCCCUGGCAUGAUCCCCCUCGCGAUGCGACGCCCAGAUUGCAAGCGAUGCAGCCGGAUAGCUCUACCGACGCCAUGAUAGCUUUUAAUAGACGUGUACGGGAUCUUGAAACGGCAUCGCUCGCAGCAACAAUUGAUACUAAUAGUAUUAUCAAUGUUGCCACAUCUCUCGAGAACCUUUCCUUUACCGAACAACCCAAGAAACGCACUAGUCUCUUUAAGCGUCAAUUUUUGCAGGCAUCCUCAAUUCUAAAGCGUCAAGCAUCUGACCUUUCUAUCGGUCAAUCUAAUAGCUAUCCCGGCCCUUCGCAGCGUGAUACAGUGGACCCACCGGCAAAGCCGAGUUACUCACCACGGAAUGGGUUCUUACACCGUCGUCAUUCGCGGUCGCCAAGCUUAAGUGACGCACUUCUUUCAAUGACCAGCCAAAUGGCGGCUGUCGGGGGCAGCCAGCCUGUCCGAGCAGUGUCGCCUGCACCCUUAUCGAAUCCGGAGAGGAGUUCCUUGAACAUCCAAUUUAAGGGCCGAGGUCGAAGCAGAAGCGAGAUCCCCCGACCAAGUAGUCCCGGGCUAAUAAAUCUCAUGACCGCUCAUGGUGGACCGCCAGUUCCAAACAUCACAUCGCCUCGAGUCAGUUCAGACGCCGACCAAACGCCCAGAAGCACACCGAUGGGCCCUGAAACCGGAGGCGCUGAAGAUGAGAACGAUGUUGACACCGGCAAUAACAAAGGCGUGGUUAUGGAUUUCCCUGCUGUUCAGAGUCUCCCAGUGCCAACAAUCGAAGGGUUCAGAUCGCAGAUCAUGCAAUUGAAUCCAAGGCUUGAGCCAGCUUUGAUUCACCGCCUGGCACACGAGCAGAAUCGUCGAUACAAGAUCUUGGUUGGUUUGCAGCAGAAGCAUUCUAUUGCAACUGCCAACCACACGUGUAAAUCUGGCAACUUUUGUACUGUUCAGGGAGGGCAACCUACUCUGUUGCAUGACCUCAAAGGCCCCAACGAGCCCGAGGAAGGACAGAUCCAAUUCCAAGUGACAAAUUUCAGUUAUGCGCACGAGCAACAGUACACUUCAGGCGAUGGUACGGGGGCCGCAGCACAGUUCCCUUCUGGUGUGCCCCUUCCGCCAGUCAGUCGUCUUCCCGCUCGGUUUGAAUGUCCCAUUUGCUUCGAAGUAAAAACGUUCCAAAAACCAUCCGACUGGUCCAAACACGUACAGGAAGAUGUGCAGCCAUUUACUUGCACAUUCCCUCACUGCACCGAGCCCAAGUCAUUCAAGCGUAAAGCAGACUGGGUUCGCCAUGAGAACGAGAAGCACCGGCACCUAGAGUGGUGGACCUGUACAUUCCUCGAGUGCAACCACAGAUGCUAUCGUAAGGACAAUUUCGUUCAGCAUUUGGUCCGGGAACACAAAAUGCCAGAGCCCAAGAUCAAAAAGAUGGGGAAAGCCUCUAGUACUGGGGAUGCUGAGACUGUGCCGACUAGCCGAAGGGAGCAGGAGCUUGAGCGAUUAUGGCAAAUGGUCGAAGAAUGUCGGCAUGACACCGCCCAAGCUCCCCAGGAGGAGCCAUGUCGCUUCUGUGGGAAUGUCUGUAACGAGUGGAGAAAGUUGUCAGUCCACCUUGGCAAACACCUGGAGCAAUUAGCCUUGCCCGUUUUACGGUUAGCGAAGCCGAGCAAUACCGCAACCCAUGUCGCCAAUCCCAGCCAAGUGGAGCCGACUCGUAGAUCAUCCGCCGCAACCUAUCCUUCUGUCGCGCCAUAUCACCAUGGACACGAAGGUCCCGAAUUGGCCUCCACACAUCUGCAGCCACAGUAUGCGAUCCGAAACACUAGCACGCCCGCUAACCCUGUGUUCUCAAUCAACAACGUUCCGCUGGCUAAUUACUCCACUAUAUCUGGCGGCGAACUUUCUAUGGAGCCAGAGUCCAUCUCGGACUCUCUUGCCUCUGAUCAGUUCCCAGCAUAUACACACGCGACGGGUCAAUUUGGUCAAACUACGCUCCACCCCGCUCAGGCCCAGGCCUAUACCCUACAUCAGAACUCGGUGACGUACCCACCGCCUUAUAACGCAGUUCCGAGAUCGAGAUCCCCGGAGGUAGAUGCCAUGCUGCAGCACUCGUAUCCUCUCGCCCAGUUUCUCCCUCAUUCCUCUCUGUACCCCGCAGAUGGGAAUUACCCGGCUUACCAAACUAUGGAGUCUAACAUUCCCUACACUUCGGCAACCUACUCUUCUGGAUGUCCCUCCCGAAUGUGA